UGCUUCUUGCAAAUAUGGCAUCUGGAGUUAAUUGUGCUUUAUUUCUGCUGGUUAUUCUAUGUCUGGAAUCGAUCACAGGAGACGAACACACGCAUAAAGUAGGUCAAUAAUACGAAAGAUUCUCUCAGCCAUUUUACUGUUACUAUUUUUGUAAAUUUCCGUGUCAUUCAGGCACAGACGUUUAGAUCAAGAAGUUAGUAUUUUUCUAUUAAACUAUGCCCUUAUACAGUGUAUGUAAAAUGUAUUUGACAUCAAAUCGAAAAUCUUUUUGAAUGAAUUGAAGCUCUAGUUAAUUGACACAUCAGCACAUACCAAGCGUAGCUUGUAUCUCAUUCGAUCUCUGCAGUACUGUAGCAGACCGACCUUAUGUUUAUUGAACUAGUAGGUUAACAUUUUAUCCAUUGUUUUAUUUCUUCAAACUAAUGAAACAAUUUUGUAGGUGAUUUAACGGUAACACAGAAUUACAUCCAUUUAAUUUUAUGAAUAUGUACUUUUGUUUACGGUCGGUCUAGAAGAUAAUUAUUGGCUUGAUCUUUUCUUUUACUGUUUGUUGAAUUCUUUUUGGCUUAAUGUAUUGCACCGCUUUAACACUGGUAAUUAUUUAACGAUACAUGCAAGGUUGUUUCAAACAAUUUUGCGAACAAAGAGAGUGGAAAAUAGUUAUGCAGAGUGCUUCACUGAUGCCCUGUUUGGGUUUGCAAUACUGUGGAGCUCGUUUACAGUCAUCUCACCACCAAUGAAAUUGCCACGAAGAAGUCGACUCGUCACCAACUAAUAACUCUGAAACAAUAAUUGACACAUUUUAAUACCUAGGAUUACUUGGGACUUUCUAAAACAAUAAAGCUGUGUUCUAUUCUUAACAUAACAUAACAUAAAACUUUAUUUAUACUCGAGUUUUAGAGUAGCUAACAAGCUAAUAUCUUCGAGCUGACACUACAUAAAAACUAUGUAGAAAAUAUAUAUAUACAUUAAAUGCAAGGAAAGAAAAUGUUAUUUACAAUUCACAAUUUUAAGUUUAAGUAUGUCAGUGUGUGGUUGAUUCUUGAUUUCCUUCGUCCCCUAGCCCAAAUUAUUCCCGAGUUAGGGUUAGGAGACCAAGGAAGUUGAGAAUCAACCUAGGUUAAGCUGAAGCUAACAUUUACUAGCCCAGACAUCAUUUCAACUAGCCCCAAAAACGUUUUGAUGAGCAGAUUGAUUUUACAGUUCUUCUGUAAUUUGAAUCCCUCAAAAAACUUCACUUGCCGGUCGGGCAAGUUAAGGUCUCGGUAAAUGAAAAUUUUAGUACAUUGCUCGAAUUUUUUUUUUUUAAUUUUUGGCAUGAGUGGGUCCUAAAUUUUAUUUUGGCAGAAAAAGAAAAUCAGAAAGUGCUUUUUAACCCUUCUAAAAUGAGUCUUUUCUGUUUCCCGCCAUAAGUUGCGCGCGAAAAGUGAUUGACAGCCCCUGUCUACUGCGUGACACUCACUCUAUUUUAGACGCAAAAAUCAAAAUUCUCCGACCUCCAGUCGGGACAGGUUUUAAGCUAUCGCUUUGAAACUUUCAGAUAUGAUGGAUAAUGAUAUAGACUCAAAAAAGGUGUGAGGAAUUUUCCAAUUUCCCUUUGUAACUCAUGUUAUGUCAGUUUGUUUGCGUAAAUCGCGCUCGAGAUUCGACUUUUAAGUUUGAAAUGCAAUAAUUCCGCUAAUACGAGACAUAUGCAAAUUUCCUCACACCCUUUUUUAGGUCUUUUAUCUGUCAAUCAGAGGCAAUAAAAAGGAAGUGAAUAUUUAACAACGCGAAAGGGCUGGAGCAUCAGCAGUAAACUCGAUACCUCUGAGUUCGAGAGCAAAAAACUUAAGUGCCUUUUGAAAUUCGAUGAAAUAAAAUCUUUUAUAAGGUAAUUUAGUCUUUUAGCUUUAAUUUGAUAUAUAACUUGCCUUUGUAGCGAAAAUACUCGCGUGACUAGAAUUUUUUUCUGUGGGUACCUCGUUUUCCUUUACCGAGACCUUAAUAACAGAAUUUACUUGCCCAAUAGCAAAAUCCACUAGCCCUGGGCUAUCAGACACUACUUUCUUUGUACGCUGGCACAUUAUCAUUUUCUCAGAUUUGUUUUUCAGCUUGACAACAUUGCCAGCAAAGCAGUAUUUUAAUAAUGAUAAUAAUGAUGCUUUACAGCUUGUAAAGGCACUUUCUUAGGGUGUAUGCCUCCCUGUUUCACAUCCUUGCAAAAUGUCUAUUAUUGAUGGGACACAUCACAGAAAGCCAUUGAAUCUCAAGGACAUGUACAUGUACAUGUAGCACGUUUAAGCAAUAAGAAUGUCCACGGUGUCCAUUUGAUGGAAAAAUUUCUACUUAACACAACAAGUUUGAAAACUUUUGUUUUAAGAUGGAAUCCACCAGGAAAUUGAGUAAUUUUAAUUCUCAGUGGAUGAAAACCUUGUACCAGAAUAAUUUAAAGAAUAUUGCAUUCUUUUUACAUUUUUUAAGGCCUAAAGAUGUAAUUAGUCAUCUGUAAUAACACCAAGUAAAAUUUCUCAUGGGAGUCUGAGAAAGUGAAUGUCAAAUUUCACAAGAAUUGUGAAAACACAGGUAAAACUCGGAAAUUUUGACGUGAAAGAUGUAAUUUUGUGAAAUUUGACAUUCAUUUUCUUGGGCUCCCAUAAGAAAUUUUCUUAAGUGUUAUUACAGAUAAAUAAUAAAAUGAUUAGGUCUUGAAAAAUGUAAAAAGGAAUGCAAUAUAUUAUAAAUUAUUCUGGUUCAAGAUUUUUGUCCACUGAAAAUGUAAAAUUACUCAAUUUCAUGGUGGAUUCAGUGUUGAGUCAGAGCACUGGAGGAAAAAAAGAUUGACUUAAUUCUUAAAUUUGUUUGGUUGGAGAUUGGAGAUGUCAAUGUUCUCAUUGCUUGAGGUCACUGUCUUGUACAGCUAAGCUUUUUACUUGCCAAUGCUUUUUUAAUCCAGUGUAUAAAUAAAUAGUUAUUUUAGUAUCUUUGUAACCUUUCAUACACGAUUAGAUAAUUCGUGUUGUGUAUCUCUGAUGUAAAUUAUUAUACACUGUACUUUGUAAAUGGAAAGACAAUUCCAUCACUCCAAGGUGUCUGUGAAUGUACUUUGUUUCUUUAUUGCAGUAUAAAGAUGGUGAAGAAGUUGUUCUAUGGAUGAACACUGUAGGACCUUACCACAACAGACAAGAAACGUACACAUACUACUCACUGCCUUUUUGUAGGGGCACAAAGAAGGAAAUAGGCCAUUACCAUGAAACACUUGGAGAAGCCAUUCAAGGAGUUGAACUUGAUUUCAGUGGCAUUGACAUUGCUUUUAAAGGUAUACACACAGUUGUACCUAUGCUAAUAACGGUGUUGUCACUAAGAUGUUAAGUCGCUGGGAAAAUACAACAAAUAGGCAGGGAGUUGAACAGCUACGGGUUUCAUUUGGUUCUAGUUUCUUCUAUUUUCCUUUGAAAGUAGUCGGAGGCCACGUUCGCAGUAGUGGGGAGAAAUCCCUGGCCCCUGCCUCGUAAUUACGGCCCUGUAAUAUACACCACUUGUAAGCAGAUUCUGUUAUGGCCCCUGCUACAAACAGUCGCUGCUUUUUUAUUUUAAACCUCUUUUUACCGGACACUUCUCCUAGACAGACACACUUUUUUUAGUCCCAGUGGUGUCAGCUUAUGGAAGAGUUCUUGGUGUCUGUUUUCUUUUGAACCGGUGUUGUCUCAAAAAGCACACUAAUAGAAACUCUUCUUUUCAGUCAAUGUUCCACCUGUUGGGUACUGCACAUUGGAUCUUGACCAGGAUAAACAUGAUGCCUUGCUUUAUGCUGUCAAGAAUCAUUAUUGGUAUCAAAUGUACAUAGGUAUGAGUAGUUCUAAAUUUCUUCAGUACAUGUGUAUGUUAUCAAGUUAGCGUCUGUGCCUCUUAUCAUUUACCUGAAGUACAUAAAUGUACCAAAUGAAAUGAGACACAUUAUUUAUUCAUUUCUUUAAUUUAUUUAAACAGGAACAUCUGGUUUAGCAUAUAAUGAAGCUAUUUUAAGCAGAGUUUUAAAAGAAAAAAAGAACAGAUACCAAGAAAAUCAAUACACAGAAAGUAACACACUAAAAACACAUAGACAUGUGACAAUUAAAAAGAUUGGAUAGACUGGUGCUUGAAAUACUGUGUUUGCCAAGGACUUCACCAUAGGAUUUUGUCCACAUCAUCACAAAUUUACUAACUUUUGGAGUGAAAUGAUAUUGUUAUUGUUAAGUAUCCAAAAAUUACAUGUUGUUUGUACACUAUUGUAGUUUUUAUGACCUUUUCUCACUGUUGUCGCUUUUUUUUUAUUUGCAGAUGAUUUGCCUAUAUGGGGUAAGUUUUUCGUUUUCUUGAGCAUCUUUGUGUAUUUGUUUGUUGUUUUUUUUUGUUAAAUAAACAUUACAAACACUGUCACAAGCAAGAAGAAUUCCUUUUCAAAUAAAGAGGCUGUCUUUAAAAAUCUGGUACAUGUACAUGUAUGCACAUACAGUCUGUAACUAGAGAAGCAGGCUGUAAGGACAAGCUGGUAGUUCCAAACAAUUUCCAUCAGACACAAAUGGCAAUGUCUAAGAUUAGAAUAGCAAUUGUAAUUGCCAAAAAUAUUAUGUUUGUUGCUAGCUUAGUUCUACAUGUAUAUCUGACUUAAGUUCCUUGCAUAUGGCCCUUGGUUUAUUUUUUUUUGAGCGUUGCAUUGAGUGUCAAAUGCACAUCAUGUUGUAGCACAUUUGCUAGUACAAUGUGAGCAGGCUGAUCUCUUUCUGAUGUUGUUGUUUUGCUAUUUCUUCUAGGAAUUGUUGGGGAAAUUGGUGAAAGUAACGACGAAUACUACAUUUGGACUCACAAGAAACUUGACAUUGGUUACAAUGGUGAUCAGAUUGUGGAUGUAACCUUGACAAGUGAAUCCAAAACAAAGCUGUCUCCAAAUGCAAAAAUCAGCUUCACAUAUGAGGUAAAACAGCCUCUUUUAUUGGUAUCAUGUGUAAUAAAUUGUUAUAAAAACUUCUACGAUUGGUGAUGAAUUUGUUGAGACAAAAUGGGAUAACCCUGUACAUUCUCUUUUGUUCUGUUCCAGGUUAAAUGGACAGAAAUGAGAGUGGAAUUUGCAAGAAGAUAUGACAAGUAUCUUGAUCCAAGCUUCUUUCAACACAGGGUAAGAUCUGUGAUACAAGUAUGUUCUUGGUUAUCAUCAGUUAUUCAAAGCACAUGUAGCGGGCAAGGUUGUCCUUUAAAGUAAGUAAAGAAUAAAAUGUUGGUAUAAAAUUUGGGGUGCUGCAAUAAUAAUGUUGCUCAUGUACGAUUGUCAUCAAAGGUAUAAGCAGGCAAAAGUUUGAUAUGACAUUAUUUUUUAUUGUUUUCAGAUACACUGGUUUUCUAUCUUUAAUUCUUUCAUGAUGGUUAUCUUUCUGGUUGGUCUUGUCUCUAUGAUUCUUAUGAGAACUUUAAGAAAGGAUUAUGCAAGAUACAGCAAAGAUGAUGAACUUGAUGACAUGGUAAAAUAUGGAUAAAUCUUUCUUCCUUAAUUCACCUCUACAUGUACAUGUACAUGUAUUGUUCACUGAGCAUGUUACGUAAGUUGUUAACCUACAGUAUUUUCAGGAUCUGUUAUUUGGCCAUAAUAGAUGACAUUCUCAUACAGCUGGGGUUGAUAAAGUUUAUGUCCUGCAGAUCAGAAGCAAUGCUUUUGAUCACCAACUUAGACAUUACUUAUUAUUGUUCAUUCAAAAAGCAACAACCAAUAUAAUCCUAUAUAUUGGUAUUGUGUGUUGAGGUGCUCAAGCAAAAUCAUCCAUUGUGACCAUCGAAAUGAAAGCUGGUUGGCUGGUAUUUUGUUGUGAUUGCUCUUUAAAAUUUUUUGCUUAGGGUUCAUUCACACUGUAAGUCAAAGAAAAUUAACUUUUAUCAUAAGUCUCUUUAAUACUCCUGGGCUGACAUAUGCUGCCCAAUCUAGGCACCUCUUUUGAAUUUUUUUUGCUUAGUACGCCGGACAAGUGUACUUAGAAUUUAGUAAGUUCUUUGUUAGUUUAUUUUGUGUAUCCUGGAUGCUGAUGUGUUUACUUACUACUCCACAAGGUUAGGUAUGAAGAGCGCCUGUUUUAUUCCCUUAGUCACUGAGUGUUAUAUCAGCUGUCUUUGUUACAUGCUGUGCUCUGUGGUAAAGCUGAAGAAAGCCAUGCAUGCAUGCCGAUAAAAUGGAACAAUUGGCUGUACUAAGCGUACUAAGACCGAAUAAAAUACCAACAUGCAUAAAACAUGGCCGUACUAAGCGUACUAACGUACCAAGACCGAAUAAAAAUACCAACAUACAUGAGAACACGGUCGUACUAAGCGUACUAAGACCGAAUAAAAUACCAACAUGCAUAGAACAUGGCCGUACUAAGCGUACUAACGUACCAAGACCGAAAAAAAUACCAACAUACAUAGAACAUUGCCGUACUAAGCGUACUAACGUACCACGACCAAAAAAAAUACAAACCUACAUAGAACACGGCCGUACUAAGCGUACUAACGUACUAAGACCGAAAAAAAUAGCAACGUACAUGAGAACAUUGCCGUACUAGAGCGUACUAACGUACCAAGACCGAAAAAAAUACCAACAUACAUAGAACAUGGCCGUACUAAGCGUACUAACGUACUAAGACCGAAUAGAAUACAGACAUGCAUAGAACACGGCCGUACCAAGCGUACUAACGUACUAAGACUGAAUAAAAUACCAACAUACAUAGAACAUGGCUGUACUAAGACCGAAUAAAAUUCCAAUAUACACGAGAACAUGGCCGUACUAAGCGUACUAACGUACGAAGACUGAAAAAAUACCCACAUACAUGGAACAUUGCCGUAGUAAGCGUACUAACGUAGCAAGUCCCAUUAAAAUACCUUAGUAUUAAUUAGAACAAUGUCAACAGUUCAAUGUCAAUAGUUCAGUGUUCAAUACAUUUUCCUUGAAUCUUGAGACUUGAAAACGUGAGCUAAAUAUAUUGAUGACAGUGUUCUUGUGAAGGACUUGACUAAAGAACCACUAGAAAACGUUGAGAAUUAACAGCAUAAAUCAUCCUGUAGUAGCAUAUAACACUGGUUGCUAGAAAUGCCAUUUCAACUUGAAUGUAGCGGAGAACGCAUACUUGGAAGACAAGGCUAUCUUGUUUCGAGGUUGGGGGGGAGCACUCCCUUAUUUGGCUUAUACAGGCCAGGUACGGGCUGCUGAACACAAGGUUUUGAGUAUUAAACAGGGUGUAGAAUUUUACUAUUAAGGGUCUUGAACAGUGUCUUUUGGGGCUGGAAGCCUUAGAAAGACUGUAAAGGCUUGCGAUGAGCAGUUUACAUUCGCAAUAUCAAUAACUUUUUUCCAAAGUAACUACUUCUGUGAUGUUAGUUUUAAAAACUACUUGAUUCUUUACGUAAAACGAAACAAAUCAGAAUCUUAAACAGGGUAGCGAAGUGAGCCAUGUCUUGAACAGGGUCGAGCUUUUAAGGCCUCGGCGGCACAGCUCUACCAAGACUCCCCUUGAGUGCACCCCCCAAAAAAAUCACCAAAAAUCACUGACAAGCCAUCGAAGAACAACAGAAGAAUCGGUGAUUGAAUACAUGACGAAAUACCAAUGCAAGCAACUUUGCAAAAUAACUAUUACAAAGCACGUAAUGUAUCUAAUUAUCUAAUUUCCGACGUCUCAGGUUAUAAUAACUAUAUAUUUUACAGAAACGACUUAAACAAAAUAGCCUCAGAAACGAAACAUAAAUAUAGAAAGCUAAUAGAUCAAAAGAUUUUAAAAAGACAGAUACUGAAGACAACUACUUAACUUGAAUUUCUGAAGACAAAAACUUAUCAAAUUCAUGACAUAAUCUAAACAACUACUUACAAAAAGAUUAUAGAGAGACUAGAGAAACGGAGGGAAGGCGUUCAUAAAUUCAUGGACAAAAAUAUUUUGCCUUUGGGUAUUACCGAACUCAAUUCAUGGGUAAGAGAAAAUCAAAGAAAUAUAAGCCAAGCAGGAAGGCAGAGUACAAAAACUAGAAUUAUUUUCUGUGAUUGAAGAUAAUUACCAAUGGGACGUCUAUCCAAAAUAUGGUGUUCCGGUUCCCACGCUGAUUGAUUUUUAGGAUAGGUGAGCCAUUGACCAAGUCCUCAACCUUUCCAUUUCUCUUUCGAUGUUCCAGAAUAUUUUCUGCACUAAACAGUUUCAUUGUCGAUAACAAUUGCUUCCGGAGUUGAUUCUUUUGCAUUUUGAAGUUGAUUCUUUGUCUUUUCUUGGUCUGAUUCUUUGUUUGACUCUUUCUCUUUUUGAGGCUGUAGGGACAGUGGCAUCUCAAUACUAACUGGAUUUAAGUCAGUGUCUUUAGGAUUCGCUUCAGCAGAAAUUGGUUCAAAACAAUCUUUUGGAAUAUCAGAUUCCUGAAUGUACGGCUCGGCAGGGUCAUCAAAAGGCGGAGGGUCAAUUGGUCUCAAAUUUGGAUCAACAAACGGCUUCAUACGAUUUGCGUGACACGAAAAAGCAACUUUUUUAUUGGUGAUCGUGCGCAACUUAAAAUGAACCGGUGACAAUUUCUCAAUGAUUCUGUAUGAACCCAACCAAUUAUGCAUUAACUUUUUGGAUAACCCUUUCCUAGUUCUUGGGGUAUAAACCCAAACACGUUGUCCAACUUCAAAAACAGGUUUUUUUGUAUUUUAAGCGUAAUAAUCCACAUUUUUUGUUGUGCACGUUGUAAAUUUUCUCUCACUAAAUUUUGAGCCAGUUCGACUUUUUCGACAAUACGGUUUCGAUAGUCAAGGACCAAAGUACUCAAAUCAUCAGCCACAGGAGGCAAAUACUUAACGUCAAUUGGCAAGCGUGGCUCUCGCUCAUAAAGAACGUAACAAGGAGAAUCCCCAAUUGCAUCUAAAACAGAAGUCCUACGCGCAAAAAAAAUAAACGGUAUGAACUUGUCCCGAUGUUUCUGGUUUUUGGAAACGUAGAUUGACAAAGACUGACACAAGGUAAAAUUAAACCUUUCUACAAGACCAUCGGUCUUUGGGUGAUAACUAGAAGUAUUGACCUUUUGAAUUUGAAAUAUUUUACAAACUUCUGCAACGACUUUAGAUAAAAAGCUAGUUCCUCUGUCAGAGAGGAACACACGUGGUGCCCCAUGUCUAGAAAUAAUUUCAUGAAUCAAAAGACGUGCAAUAACAGUUGCUUCGACACAACGAGUUAAAUAAUCACUAAAAACUACAAUAUACCUACUGCCUUUACUAGAAGGUGGAAAAGGACCUAAAACAUCAACAGCCACUCUGUCAAAUGCACCCUCGACUGGAAUCGGAAGUAAAGGGGCCUUUGUCGAAUUUCGUGGAGACUUCCUCAUUGAACACUCAACGCAAGACUUAACCCAAUGUUCUACAUCUUUAAACAUACCUUUCCACCAAUAUCUUUGCUUAAGUUUACUAAAAGUUUUGUUCAAGCCAAAAUGAGCACCGGCAAUAUGGUCAUGUACAUUAGAGAGAAUUUCAAAACGUAAUGCAGCUGGGACAACAAGCUUAGAAAAAGAUUCACAAGCAUUAUGCCUUCGAAUAAAAUCGAUGUGGUAAAGCAAACCAUCUUGACCAAUAUAAAAAUUGUCGCUUGUCAGUAAAAUCUUGCGUGCAUAUUUAUCGUUAGUAGGUAGGAUAUCAUUCUCUAGAAAAUCAAUCAUUGCAGCUAGUUCAGGAUCUCUUCUUUGCAUUUCUUGAGUGUGGGGCGUUUGAGGUUCUUCUUUCUUGAGCGAACUUAUUUCACAAGAAUCAUAUGGACGUCUAGACAAACAAUCAGCAUUACCAUGGAUUCUACCAGGGCGAUGAACAAUAUUAAAGUCAUAUUAUUGCAAAAGUAAGGCCCAUCUUGCGAGACGACCAGAAGCAUCUUUAACAUUCAUUAACCAACGAAGAGAACUAUGAUCAGUAACAACAGUAAACUUAUGAUUGUGUAAAUAAGGAUGAAAUUUCUUAAUACCCUCAACUAAUGCGAGAGCUUCUCUUUCUGUGGUACUAUAAUUUUGAUCUGCCUGAUUCAAACCACGACCAUUAUAAGCAAUGACUACUUAUUUUCCAUUUUGAAUUUGUGUCGAGGUAAAACCAAUACCAGUGGAGCUAGCAUCAACAAAUAGCAAAAAUGGUUCCCGAAAAUUAGGAUAUGUCAAAAUGGGUGCAGAAACCAAGGCACGCUUAAGCUUGUCAAAAGCCUCGGCACAAGCUAGGAACGUUCUUCUUUGUCAAAGCAUUCAAAGGGUUGGCAAUAUUUGAAAAACCUCUUACAAAACGUCUGUAAUAAUUAGCCUAAGACCGAAGAAAUUCCUCAAUUCCUUCAAAUUUGUGGAGGUGUGGAAUUCCUGAACCACCCUUACUUUGUCUAGGUUGGGACUAAUGCCUUCUGGCGUAACCACGUGACCAAGAUAGUCUACUCUUUGCUUAACGAAACUGCAUUUCUUUGGAUUCAACUUAACAUUGGCGUCACGCAACCUUCUAAAAACUUCCUUCAAAUGGAAUAAAUGCUCGUCUACAGACUUAUAUCAUCGAUGUAAAUCAAAGCAAAACGGUAUUCUAAGCCUCUCAAAAUAUGACCCAUAAGUCUUUGAAAACUGGCUCCUGAAUUCACUAAUCCAAACGGCAUUGUCAGAAAUUCAUAAAGGCCAUUGUGCGUAGCAAAGGCUGUCUUGUUGCGAAUCCUACUGCAUUUGUAUCUGCCAAAAACCACUUUUGAGAUCCAACAUUGAAAACACGCUUGCACCAGCUAAAGAAUCUAGUGCAUCAGCAACUAAAGGCAUUGGAAAGCUAUCUACUUUAGUGACUUUAUGAACUUUACGAAAAUCAACACAAAAUCUAUAUGACCCAUCCUUCUUUUUUACCAAAACAACUGGAGAGCUCCAAGCAGAGACAGACUAUUGAAUUAUUCCUUUUUCAAGCAUUUCGUCCACCUGAGGGUCAAUUUCUUUCUUGACAUAAGGAGAUACUCUAUAUGGCCUUUGCUUAACAGGCGUAGCAUCACCAGUAUCAAUGACGUGCUGUACAAGGGAUGUUCUACCCAACUGAUCCCCAGGAAAAGCAAAAACAUUACUAUAUCUAUUAAACAAAUUCUUAAAUUUACUUUGUCAUCAUCAUUCAAAAUACUAUUCGACAAAUCAGGAAACUCUGAAUAAUAUUUUGGCUGUUGCCGAUCAUCUGAAGAAUUAUGUUGAGCAUCCGAAGAAGGGGAAUUUUUGCUAAUCUCAAAUGUUGCUAAAUCAUUAUCAACACGCUCAAAAUCUGCCAAUUUAGUCCUACGAAAAAUUUUAACUGGUUGAGCGGAAGGGUUAACCAUCCUAACAGGAAUAGCUGCAUCACUAAAAACUUUUACGAGCUCUGACGCUCCAAAAACUGAGGAACAGUGAGGUAAAUCAGACUUGGGCGUGACCAAUCCAUAAAUUUCACUGGCACUGGUGUUUACACCUUUCGGCAUUGAACUUAAAGGAGCUGUGUCACGAAAUUCAGCCAAAUUAGGAAAUUACAAAAUGCCCUUUAAAUUAAGAGAAACAUAAAAAUAGACGCUUAAAACUUUAAAGGAAGGUUAAAAUAACAUAACAGAGACAACAGAUGCCACGGAUGGGCAAAACUGAAGAAGAUUGAAACGGAUUGAAUUAGGGUUUUUGAAAACUAUUCAGCCUAACAGUUUUUCAAAGUUGAUCCCUGCUGCUUGCAACUUCAAAAAUAAUGCUCAGGAGACAUACUUGUUUGUCUCGGAUCUCUGAUUUUGUCAUUUACCUGUAAUUUCUUUGCUUACUUUAAGUUCCAUAGCGAUUUAGGGAGAGUAAUUGGCAAAAUUAAACAAAAUGAACUGGACUGCCGUGACACAGCCCCUUUAAUCUACCAACGACAACGACUUCUGAUUGAGCGGGAAUAGUAAAAGAAUUAUCAGCAUGCACUGACAAAAUACAAUUAUCAAAAACUUCAGCAUCCAAAUCAUCACCAAAACUAUCAGCAAAGGGAAGGGGAUCCUCGGGGUGGAAAAAUUCAAUGAUGUUCUUCAUAACAUCAAUUAUCGAACAAUAUUUUUGAAGAAAAUCUCUGCCCAAAACAACGUAAUGAGUUAAAUCUUUGAUGACAUAGAUUUAACUCAAAAAAAAAACAUCAGACUUGAUAACAAAAUUGAGCCAUACUUUACCAAGAACACUAAGAGGGGAACCACUUACAGUCGUUACACAACUGGUCGACGAGGAAUCUAAACAACAGUUUUUAUGUCUAAGAUACUUAUCUCAAACUUGAGAACUAAUUGCUGUUACAGCUGCUCCUGUGUCAAGGAGUGCACGAUAACUACAGUAUUGCCUUUUAUUGCUACACUUACAUUAACAUUGUCACUCUCGAAAGGAUGAAUAUUUACUUCCACAUUUUCUUCAUUUUCAGACUCGGGCGCCAACUGUUCAUCUUUUUUAAUUUCUUUUAAACUGACUUCUCGAGAUAAAUUUUCACUUGAACACUUCUCAUAGAUGACUUCACUUUUAGGAGAAAACAUAGGUACAUUUGGCGAAUGAGCAUUUUCUUUUUCACUUGGUGAAGACCCGGCGAUUACAGCAUCAAAUUUUGUUAUCAUCUGAGAAAGACACUUAAGAACUCCAAACAUAAUAUUUUCAUUAGGGACGUUUUGAGGCUGGCCUUCUUGAGAACACCCUUGUUGACAUGUAACGGUAACUUGAGGUUUAAACAUUUUAAAGUCUGACGAGAUAAAACAAAAAUGAAACAUGACUUAACUCUUGAACAUUCUUUUUAGUAACAUUCUCGGCCGAAUUUCCAGAGUUACUGAAAGCACAUUUAUCAGAACUAUAGAUCCGACUUAAGAAUGGUUAUUACUUGUAGAAUUUUCAAGCGCCCCCAUCACGGGUUCACUACCACACUCCGUAGGGGCGCCAGCCAGUUUAACUGAGCGCCAAUUUUUCCCUGGUGAAAAGCAUUCUGCAUAUUGUUUCUCCGAUACAGGCCUCUAAAGUUGGGUUUCGAACUUCCAUAACUGCCCAAUUUAGGAUUUUUACUGAAAACGCUACCCCCAUAACGAAAACGAUUAAGUUUGCCCGAUCUAGAUUUGCUAUUAAUGCGACGAUUUCCACUUUUUUGAAAAUCUGUACUCCAAACAUUAAAUUCGUCCCCGACAGAUUGUUUGAUUUCCUCUUCUGAGGGGUUAAACUGUAAUUCUUCCAAAUUCUCGACUUCUUGACCAUUAUUCGAUUUACGGCUAAGAGUUACUAACUCUUUCAGUUUUGCAAUGUUCAAUGCAGACUCGAAAUCAGGCGGUUGUUGUAAAAUAACAUGUUCACGUAUUUCACGCUUUAAACCACGUACAAAACUCUUCACCAAAGUAACAGGUUCUCCACCAAAAUAUGUGGGGGUGUGUUCGAGCAACUCCCUCGCUACACGAUGAGGAACCAGGAAUCUGAUUUACAUCUUGCCUAUAUUCUUCUUAAUCUUCUUACUCUUUUAACUCUUCCACUUUUUCACUAACUUUCUUCUAUCAGUAUGUUGGUAUUUUAUUCGGUUUUGUUCUAUGUAUGUUGGUAUUUUCCUCGGUCUUAGUACGUUAGUAUGCUUAAUACGCCCAUGUUCUCGUGAAUAUUGGUAUUUUAUUCGGUCUUAGUACGUUAGUACGCUUAGUACGGCCAUGUUCUAUGUAUGUUGGUAUUUUUUUCGGUCUUAGUACGUUAGUACGCUUAGUACGGCCAUGAUCUCAUGUAUGUUGGUAUUUUAUUCGGUCUUAGUACAUUAGUACGCUUAGUAAGGCCAUGUUCUAUGUAUGUUUGUGUUUUAUUCGGUCUUAGUACGUUAGUACGCUUAGUACGGCAAUGUCCUCAUGUAUGUUGCUAUUUUUUCAGUCUUAUUACGUUAGUACGCUUAGUACGGCCAUGUGCUAUGUAUGUUGGUAUUUUUUUCGGUCUUACUACGCUAGUACACUUAGUACGGCAAUGUUCUCAUGUAGGUUGCUAUUUUUUCGGUCUUAGUACUUUAGUACGCUUAGUACGGCCAUGUUUUAUGUAUUUUGGUAUUUUUGUCGGUCUUAGUACGUUAGUACGCUUAGUACGGCCAUGAUCUCAUGUAUGUUGGUAUUUUUUUCGGUCUUAGUACGUUAGUAUACGCUUAGUACGGCCAUGUUUUAUGUAUUUUGGUAUUUUUUUCGGUCUUAGUACGUUAGUACGCUUAGUACGGCCAUGAUCUCAUGUAUGUUGGUAUUUUAUUCGGUCUUAGUACGUUAGUACGCUUAGUACGGCCAUGUUCUAUGUAUGUUUGUGUUUUAUUCGGUCUUAGUACGUUAGUACGCUUAGUACGGCAAUGUUCUCAUGUAUGUUGCUAUUUUUUCGGUCUUAGUACGUUAGUACGCUUAGUACGGCCAUGUCCUAUGUAUGUUGGUAUUUUUUCGGUCUUACUACGCUAGUACGCUUAGUACGGCAAUGUUCUCAUGUAGGUUGCUAUUUUUUCGGUCUUAGUACGUUAGUACGCUUAGUACGGCCAUGUUUUAUGUAUUUUGGUAUUUUUUUCGUUCUUAGUACGUUAAUACGCUUAGUACGGCCGUGUUCUAUGCAUAUCUGUAUUUUAUUCGGUCUUAGUACGUUAGUACACUUAGUACAGCCAUGUUCUCAUGCAUGUUGGUAUUUUAUUCAGUCUUAGUACGUGAGUACGCUUAGUACGGCCGUGUUCUAUGCAUAUCUGUAUUUUAUUCCGUCUUAGUUCAGCCAUGUUUCUGUGUAUGUUGGUAUUUAAAUUUACCCUAAUCACGUUAUAAACACCUUGAUACGCCAAUUACGGACAUGGUCUAUGGCCACUGUAUGGCCAAGAGUUCUGCAUUUCUCAAACAAAUGAGCUCGGAAUCCAGCUCUUCACUAACCAUAUAUUGUGUCCCGUCUUUUUUUACAGUAAAUAUAGUACGUUGUUCAGGCGUACUAAGGAAAAAAAACAGAAAAUUCAUUCCUAAACCUGGCAUGGUAUAUGGGCUGAGUUGUUCAAAGCUGGGUUAAGAUAACCCAGGGUUAGUGCGAGAUUUGAAUUCAGAUUUGAAAGCUUAAAAAGCAUUUCAGUUUUAAUUCUUUUUGUCUACAAGUUGAUGAUUGAAAGCUCUAAAUAUAACAGAGAAAAUUAUCCGAGAAAAUGCUUUUGAACACAAGAAAGAGAAACCCGGGUUAAGCGCUAAUUGGCCGUCGAACAACUGGGCCCUGGAGGGUGUAAAUUAACACUUGUACACUUAUGAACUGUGUUGUAUAUGUAACUGUUUUGUUAGUCUAAUAUAUAAUGAUUAAGGUGUUGUGUGAUCUUUAGGAAAGGGAUCUUGGUGAUGAAUAUGGCUGGAAGCAAGUUCAUGGGGAUGUAUUCAGACCAGCAUCACACCGUCUGUUAUUCACCAGUCUGAUUGGCACAGGAUAUCAUUUGUCCACCGUUGCCCUUUGUGUUAUCUUAUUCACCAUCAUGGGAGACCUAUACACUGCGUAAGCAUUUUUAUUUUGUUGGUGCAUUUCUGUUCAAGAUAAUGUACGUUGUGCUGCUGCCUCGGUGUUUUUGGAAAUCUACCAGUAACAGGAGUUGGGUUUAUUAUUAGUUCUCCAAUUUAUUUCCUGUAAGGUAAAGGUCCUUAUUUCACAUCAAUAACUUGUAACACUACUGAUUAGAAUGACAAACCUGAGGCUGACCAUGUGCUCAUUUUACCCCUUUCUCUCCAUAAGUUCUCUGUUUUAUGGGUUUUAAAGCCACUUAAAGCACGCAGAAAGGAAAAAAAGUCCGAAAUAUAGAUUAUGAUCACACCCAUUGCUCGAAAUGACAGGCCAAAUUCAUUUUAGCUCGGUCACACAUCGUUUCUAGCCAGUCAAAUUUAUAAGAUUAAUAACUCUUAAAACAAGGGCCCAUGAAAAAAAUUGGCAUUAUGUAUUUCCAAAAAACAUGGCUUUUGAUAUUUCGCAUGGUUGCAGAGCUGUGAAAUUCAGGUAAUUCUGCAAAAUACUUUGAAAUUUGAUUUUUUUUCCACGAUCUAUAAGAAGGCUUGAAAAAAGUCAUUGCUUAACUAAUAAAAGUGACAAUAUUUUAAAUUUGUGACCGGAAGUGCUUGAUCCCUGAUGUCUAUUUCCAUGAGUGAAUUGUAAAGAACGUUUCUAGUUGCAAUUCACCCUGGAUUUCAGUUCAAAGUUCUGCAAUACACAGCAUCUCGCUACAUACUGAUAACAACUGAUUAGCAUGGAAAUUUUGAUUUAUUUCAUUUUCAAUAUUAUCGAAUGUGACCAGUCAAAAUCCGGUCAACCCCUUAAUAAGUCUGGACAUUGUCUGUUGACCAGCCGUUAUUUCAAGCUCUGCACAAGGCCUUUAAUUUCACCCUUUUCAUUCUUCAUAAAAUCUUUUACUACUUUCAAUAAUAUAGACUAUAAUCAUCUUUUCCUUAUUUUUUUGUCAUGCCAUUGUGAGACAAGUUUCCAGAGGCAUACUGUACGAACAUUUUCCUUCAAUGUUUGCACAGUAAUAACAAUUAUUACUGUGUAAACAAUGAAAAGGAUUCAACAAGAAUGUUGCAUUGUAGCUCUCUAGUAAAAGAAUGCCAUAAUACUUGAUCUCAGAUUUUAUUUGACAGGAAAAGUUUAAUCUAAUAGAAUUGUGUAAUUUAAUUUAUUAUUCAUUUAUUAUAAAGUGGACUAUUUUCUAUUUAUAUACAGACGUGGCUCCAUCCUUAGUACAACAAUAUUUGUAUAUGCAGCAACAGCUCCUGUAAAUGGAUUCAUGGGUGGCAGUUUGUAUGCUAGACAAGGAGGUAAAGUAUACUUAACAAUUAUUCCACAGUAGAUAGCCAACGAGGCAUGUAGUGCCAGGUUGGCUAUAAUCAUCUCAUAUCCAACAAGCAUGAUUCUUUUCUUAAAAACGCCACAAAAUAUCGAAAAUUCUUCACGACUUUAUUUGUAAAAUCAACGAUUUUCAGCUUGUUUUUAAUUUUGAGCAGACGUGUGCAGUUACCAUAGUUGGAGAGCAUGGUAUAAUGAGUCAUACACCAUGAUGGCUAAGUUAUUGCAUUAUCCAAUGAUUCAGUUUUUAAUAAAGUCUAUUAUAUGAUAAUACUUGAUUUUAGGUAAAAACUGCACCUUUGGCAAGACACAACAUGGCAAAAUGCCCCCCAACAUGAUAGUAGAUGCAGGAGGUGCUUACCGUUAUUUUACGCAAACCACAUGGGUGGAAAUCUUGUGCAUAAACAUACAGUUACAAAAUUUAAUGUGGUGGGAGAACGACUCACUACAAAGGAUAUCCAAAUUAUAAAUUAUCUGAUCAGACUAAAAAAAUUUUUUAAAAAAAUUAUCACGUCAAAUCACAGUCCACAUUUUCUGAAGCUUCUCAAAUGGAAUGGGACAAACCAUUGGACUUUUCAAACGGAAUUUCCAGUUUUUGCUUGAAAUUUAUAAAACCUAGGGUUCUUUUUAUCAUCUCACUAAGAUAACGUUGGAGUAGGGAGCUGUAAGGAGAAAUCAUUAUUAUUUUUUUUAAUAUCAUGCAUUUUUUUGUUUCUGGUAGGGAGACAGUGGAUAAAGCAGAUGGCGUUAAGUGCUGUGUUGUUUCCCCUUCUUGUCUGUGGAACAGCAUUUAUGAUCAAUUUUAUUGCAAUUUAUUAUCAUGCAUCAAGAGCCAUCCCAUUUGUUACAAUGGUGAGUGGACAAUUUGUUUAAGGGAAGUGAAUUCUGAAAUUCUUGGUUUUCUAGAAUUUUUGUGCCAAACAACUUUCAGUUUUGAAGAUGGCAGACAUUAUCUUUGCCAGGGUAUGAUUGAUUUACCUUGUUGUUAACAAUCAAAACAAUGUGUUACAUUAGUGGUAGAAGCAGAUGAAAUUGUAAGAAAUCACUUGCCCUUUGGGUGAGCUCUUGCUAAAGUUUACUACCUUGAAGCAGCCUUGCAGGCCUACCAAUCCCCUUUUCACUACUUUAAUUAUUUUGGCAAAUGUGUCUUGCCAGUUGGACAACUUGUAAUGAAAACUCACUAUCGCAACAGGCCCAAGGCUGUGCUCUAUGAAAAUUGACGGGAGCUUAGUGAUCUGAACCUGUGAAAUCUAGGGUGCCCAGCAUAUGAUUUGUAUGAAAAUCUAAGAUUUUCUUGUUGCCCUGGAGCAAAAGUUAGGCGCCAGCAGGGGGCCACUGGGCUCUGCUAGAGCACAGCCUUGAGGCCUCUCUACUGGUCCUGGGCUAAUCGACAGCACUUUUGUUGUGCCCUGAGUGGGGUAGUGAAACUCUAAACAUUUACUGAAAUCAUCUAAGCUAAGUCGAUCAGAUAAAUAUUGGAAUCUGUAUACUGUAAGAGAUUCAAAAGCGGAAAUUUUGAACUCUAGCCUUGUGUUGAGAUUAAUUUUACUUAGACACCACUGAUCCAGCAUCUUUAGUAAUCACUUUUUUUUACAGUUACAAUGUAUCUCUUUUAUCACAGUCAUCAAAGCCUUUCUAGCUGCCCUGUAGUUUCUUUCAUGGACUAGGGCGGGGCUUGGGAUUGCCCGCCUAUUAGAAGUGUGAGCUCCAAAUACAUGUACUUUGGUUAGAAUUCAAUAGUGUAUGUUGUACGUGUAUGUUAAAAGCAGAGGAAAAAUCAAUUCCCAUUUACUUUUCUUGUUUCCCUGAAUAGGUUAGACAUUAGUGACACCUUGACUUCAACUUCAUAAUAACAUAUUUUGUUUCAUAUGUUUCUGUUUCUUUAUUAUGUACAGCUUGCUGUUACAGCCAUUGUUAUCUUUGUGAUCCUGCCGUUGACCUUGGUGGGAACUGUGUUGGGGAGAAAUCUGUAUGGCGCACCCAAUGUACCUUGUAGAGUGAACACAGUUCCCAGACCUAUACCAGAGAAAAAAUGGUAAGAAACUAUCUUGUUUCAACAGUAUCAAUUUCUUGAUGGGUAGUACAUGUUAACUGUGUAGUCUACAGUUUUGGAAUCCCCUUUCAGGGUGCAAAGGAAGUCAGUUUUAGAGCUUGCCGGGCGGGCAAGUUAAGAACAUACCAUAAAAUUCCGAAAAUAAGCCUCUCCAAAUUUAAGCCCCCCAAACUCGUAACGCAAAAAACCCUCCGUUAAAUCUUGUAAAUUACUUUACAAGAAGCAAAUAAAAGAUAAUGCAUUAUAAAAAAAAAAAUAAAAAGAAUAUAUAUGCACUCAAGUAAGAACUGAAUAUAAAAUUGCUCACCAAUAUAAAGUUUUAAAAAGAUAAGUCUACUUUCUUUGCACGCUGCUGUUUGUUUGGUUUCAUCUUUUUAUUUUACCAGUCCAAACAUUUUUUGUCAGCCAAACGUAGGGCUACUAACGAAACUACUAACUUAACAGUUAAUUCAAGGGUGUUUCACCCAGUUCUUGUGUAUGCUGAUUCAUGUUGAUAGUCAUGUUAAUCUUUCUGCCUGGUAGCUAUUACUACAUGUUCAUUUCUGUAUUUGUUAUGUUGCAGGUUCAUGGAGCCAUUGGUGAUCAUUAUUCUUGGGGGAGUUCUGCCAUUUGGUUCUAUAUUCAUUGAAAUGUAAGUCCUUUUUCUUUUUAAGUGUGUUCAAUGGGCCUCAAAUGAUAAUUUUGUCAGGAGCAAUAUCUGUUAGUCCCCUGCAAAACUUUAUGAAAAUUGUCAAGAUCUGGAAAAAUGAUCUUAGUUUUUUGAUUGUAUAUUAAACUAAACAAUAUUUCAGAGUAUAGAGAGGUCAGAAAUGACUUUUUAUUAUAAAUGGACCUUCACCUCAAUUAAAGGAGUGUUCUUAGUAGAAGAGCUCCCUCUACAGCUGUGCAUCUUCAUGUUACACUGUCAUACACGAGUUCGCUACCUGUUCGCUACAUAUUACUUUCUUUAAACCAUUAAAAGUAUUUCCUAAAUACCACUGGAAGAAAAUUAUGUAAAGAUAUUUCUCAUUCUUCUACGCUUGCCCCUCCGAAGGUGCGAAUUUUAGACUUUGCCAAUCGGCAGCUUGCCUGUGAACACAGACUUGUUUCCAGUCAUUGUUUCUCUGCAACCAGCUGGGGAGAAGCGACGACUGGAAAUAAGUCUGUGGUCGCAGGCUAAUUGGCAGCGAGCCCAGUAUGUUGGUUGUGAACUCGAACAUAGCCAACUUUACAAUUGGCAAAACCAGUGUACACUUUGUCUCUUUUUAAUAACGUUUAUGUGCCUUGUUGCAGUAUUUUACUGUUCACUAUCCAACUAGUAUUUGUAACCAUAACUUGAGGGGACAUAGGGAACAGUGUUAUUUUCUUAAUAUUUUGCUUAUACUUUUCUUGUCUGUUUGUUAACUCCAGGUAUUUCAUCUUCACAUCCUUCUGGGCGUACAAGAUCUACUAUGUGUUUGGUUUUAUGUUCCUUGUGUUCAUGAUUCUCACCAUCGUAACUGUGUGUGUCACUAUUGUGUGCACUUAUUUCCUUCUUAACGCUGAAGAUUACAGAUGGUGAGUCAAACAAUUCAUUAUUGACAUUAACGGCGGAUGUUCAGCACGUAGUAAUACAUGUAGCUGUCAGCUCGCUCCAAAAGCUUUUUAUAACAGUUUAAGUUUGAGUCUAAUCAACUUAUCAGUCAAAAUUGUUUAUGUGUGAGUUGUUUGUGUCAGGGAGUAGGUUUUUAUAGCGUGUUGCGAUAAGUGGUCAUAAGUGACUGCCUGAUUUUACAACUUAUAUUUAUUUCUUUAUUUUUUACAGGCAGUGGACAGCGUUUCUUUCAGCGGCGUCUACGGCUGGUUACGUUUAUCUCUACUCAUUUUACUACUUCUUCUUCAAAACCAAGUAUGUUUUUUUUCUUCAGAGCUCAUUACUUAUGUUACAAGUUAAGUAAGUCACGCUGAGGCUUAACGUGACGAACCCCUAAGAACGUCUGGGUGGGAGGUGAAGGCUUAAUAGGAUUUUGUGAGUUGUUUAAAUGCCCCCGCCCCUUUUGAUGUUUUCUUAUCGUUUUAAAAAAGCCUUUGUGUAUCCUUUAUUUUACAGAAUGUACGGCUUAUUUCAGACAACAUUUUAUUUUGGAUACAUGGCACUGUUCAGUGCUGGCCUUGGAAUCAUGUGUGGUAAGUGCUAUGGUACACUAAUGUUGCUUUUGACCAAAAAUGAUGAACAUUGCAACAGGUCUGUUAAUUGAGCUCCAAGCAAAAAAGGUUUUACAGUAUAAUAUUUAUUUAUACAAUGUACAAUAAUAGCUGAUACCAAGACAGGUGGUAUAGUUUGGACUAAUCAAAUUAGGAUGAAGUUAGCUUCUUACUUUUGCGUAUUCCUCAAAUGGAAAGAGCCUUGAACAGGUUGUACUUAAGACAGCAGUAGUCACAGCCGGCUGUUUUGAGCCUGUUUCGCUUCAUCAUGAAAGUGAAGACUCACUUUGAGAAAAGGGAGACAUACGGCAAUUUAUGGAAAAGGCUGCAAAUAAAUCUCCUCUCAUGGUUGUCAGGACUAAGCAAAUUAUUUCACAUCGGCGUUGGUGUUGUGUUUUAAAAUGCUGAACACAAUAAUAGUAACUAUGUAGUCUUAAGAAACUAUAGUUGUAAUGUUAGAGACCUUUAGAUUCUAAGACGAGAACGACUUCGAGAACGAGAUUUUCUCAAUAUUAAGCUAAGCUAAGUAGUGCAAGCGCGUGAACCAGCGUCAUUUUGGCGGGAAAACGCGAUUACAGCCGUCGUCAUUCCACUACGAGUUUUUGGGGAAAAUGGUCGUAGUGACGGAAACAAGUUAUCAAGAGGUUUAUCAUUUUGCGAUCGUGCGAGGGCUUAACCUCCUUCAAUAAAAAUAACCGUGCAAACUUUUCCGGUGAAAUAAAAAAGAAACUGUAAAGUGAGGCUUUCCAGGAUGCCGUGAUGCGCGAAAAAAACUUUAUUUCUAAUCUCGUCCUCGUCCUCGAACCCAAAGGUCUCUAAAACCAGUGACGGAUCCAGGGAAGGGGCCCGGGGGCCCACUCCCCCUCUUAUUUUAGACCAAACUGAGGCCGAAAGGGCGGAAACUUUUUUUUGAGGCCGCCUCCCCUUAUCUCAGGUUCUUACCCCCCCGCUUUUUUUGAAUCCGCCAUUGCAUACUUCUAUCAUUGUUAAGUGAUAACCCUUGACUGUUUCAUUUUAUUCCCAGGUACCUUUGGAUACGCUGGUGCAAGUGCUUUUGUAAGGAAGAUAUACUCCACUGUGAAGAUUGAUUAACGGAAAAUGUACUGGCAACCGCUCGAAAUCCAAAGGAUCCAAAGGAUGUUUUUAAAACAACAACAACAACAACAAACAAUUAUGUCUGUAUUUAUAGCUGUAAAAGUGACUUGCGUACGUAGAAAUUGAAUAACUCAGUCAAGGAGAACUGGCUGUUUGCUCUCUGGCUGUAAUAAUUAUUGAUCCUUUCCUUGGGAAAACUCACUGUGAAAAGGUGGGGUAGCUCUGUUUAGGGGGAACCUACAUCUAAAAAAAAUGAGCAUUCUAUGAUGUACAGCAGUUUAUUUCUUCAGAGGAUUCCUGCCAUAAACAGAUCACGCUUCUUGCAUUUUUUAGCACCGUCAUCGGCCGUGUAACUACUAAGCAGUUGUUGUAAUUUGGCAGUAACGAAUGGAAAUCCUUCGAGACCGUGCUUGGAAAUACUUGGUGGACGUCCCAGUAGAUCUGUCUGAUGCGUAUUCGGAAAUCUUUUCCAACGCUGUCGGGAUCAAUUCGGAAUCACUCGGCUACGGUUCCUGGCAUCUAUUGCGACUCCUGUGUAUGGCCCGUUACAGAGUACACAGUUCUAACUGACAGCUAAGCAUCUCAAGGUUGAGAGUGUAUUCCAGAAGUGGUGUCACCGUAAUGGAGAUAAGGGACAAGGUGUGGAUCCUUGGAAUGGACUGAACUUUAUUGAUAGUGUACAUGUAGUUUUGGGUGCUAUUAUUUUGGGUAUACAUUGAAGAGGUCGUUUCGCCUCUUUGGAAACGAGAGGGGAACUGGAGCCGAGAUGUCUCCCGCAAUUGUCUGUGGGAUCGUGUUUUAAUUGUUUCCCAGUCCCUAGUAAGAGUCCCAGAAGUCUUUGCGAAAAAUAACUCGGCCCAUUUCCCUCUCGUUUCUAAAGUGGCGAAUGGAAACAUUUAGCCUGUCAAAUGGAUGUGAAGGGUGAAUUUGCUGUUACAUGUAAUAUUUUAAGUGCCGUUCGCAAUAAUUUUCCCUUUUUCAUCGUUGUUCUGAGACGAUAGUUAUAACUGCCCGUUUAAACGGAUCCGAGCAUGGUGGUCCAACGUUGGACCAGCAAUUUGGAUGAUGUUGGACCGACGAUGUUAAAUCCUUUUAAAUGGUGCCUAACAUAGUUCUUCUAGUGUGCGUGUUCGAAUUCAUUUAAGAGUGGUACUGUGGUUACUUACAGAAGAACACCAACAACAAGAACAUUAAAAAAACAACUUAGCUUAACUUAGCAAAACGCUCUGUAUUGGCAUUUCGCAUUAUAACAAAAAACGACUAAAAGAUAAGGUCACUGUAUGUUUACUACACAGUUCCACGUUUCUGAGUAGUUUUAGGGAGCUUCUAAUUAUAGUUUAAACUUUCUGAAACAAAUACCUAUACAGUGAAAUAUUCCUUCUUAUGAAUUGAAAAUAUUCAAUUUCCUACAUGUUUUCCUUGCAUUCAGUACUUAAAAAAAGAAAAAACAAACUGUAAAGGAAAACCAGAAGAAAUAUUAGUAUCAAUCAAGUUCAGUUAACGAACACAAUCAUUUCUUAAAACAAACCGGCAUACCAUGAGUUCGAGGGAGGGGGUAUAAAUCAUUUAUAAAUUAACAUGUUCAAUACUUUCUUUUGUCCACGAAGUCAACUUUAUUCCUAAUUCUGGAUAUCCUCUUGCCAAGAAAUUUGGAGGUAAACAAAACUUAGUUAUGUUGUAUGAAAUUUAAAGACACUUAUUAGGCAUUAAUUUCUGUAAUAUUUUCGUAAAUUAUGAUUCAGGUCUUGAAGUAUGUUUUCUCGAAUCACGAGAAUUAUGUAAGUUUAAAACUCAUUUUAGACUUAACUCGCUGCUAGUAUUCUGCAGCCAGUAGUUGAUUCCAACUGUAAAUUCACCGAUUUUUAAAAGCUUGUUCAUCAUCUGGCCUAGUUAGCUAUCUCUGCAGCCUCCUCCCCAGGCGCUUCGUUUUUCGCAUGGUAGAGGCGAGCGCGAAACGCGAGUGACUGGUGAUGAACUGCAAGGGACCAUGGGAAGGGUACAGACGGCAGGCGAAGCGCCAUCUCGCCCGUUGUCUUCUUCCCGCCUUCCUUUGCGCGCACAUUUUCAUCGAGAGAGAGAGAGAGAGACGUCUGGGUACGAGGAAGGUAUCUUUGCAUGUUUGGGAAAUGGUAUUCCAAGCGAAACAGCCAGAUCGUACGUUUUUAGAACCUAAACUGACUUCGUAAGUCAGGUUAACUUGCUGUAUAUUAUUUAAUAUAUUGCUUUGGGUUCUUAGAGAAUCGCACUUAGGUUUUAAAAGAGAAGUAAAGAUAGAGUGUAAAAUAGUUUGGUUGAUACGAUGUUGACUGAUCUACGAUAACACUUCGAUUUUAACCCUUGCACUGCCAGAGUGAAUGAUGGAGUUUUGUGAGGUGGUUCUAACUUUUAUGUCUGUGGUCAAAAUCCUAUGGAAUGACCAUUCAAAUGAAAUCUCCUAAGAAGUAGUUUCGUGUGGUGCUAUUUGUUUUUAAAAGUUUUAUGAAAUGAAAUUUGGGAUUUUUGUCGAAGUUGCCUCUGGUCACAUUUGGCAGUGAAAGGGUUAAAAAGGGUUUAUGUAACGGGAAAUUGCUGUUUUAGGUCAAUCCUGUGCUUAAUUGUGCUUAAGUCAUUGAUUGGUGCCUUUAUCCAUGCACAAACUGUACCAGUGGAGUUAUGAAGAUAUCAAAGAAAUUUCUUCAGGGAGCA